GCUGAACUUUGACAGAGCACAGCGGAACAAUUCUCCCGCAUCUAGUGUAACAUUAAGUAAGCUGGUUGGAGGUGAUAAUGCUGACCCAGAGAAUACAUGGAACAGAGCUAAAGCCAUAGAAGCUCUUCUUGAGCGAUGGCAGGAGAUGUUGAAAGCUGAUACUGCAAGAACGGAGCAAUUACAGAAGCAGCUCGCCAAGGAAAUUGAAUCCGUCAAGGAGUUGAAGACCCAGUUGAAAAAGUGUAAAAAUGAGUUGAAUGAGAGGAGCCUACUCCUGGAGAUGUACAAGGCCUGCCCGAAGGAGAUGAGGGAUAAGGCUCAGCUUAUGGGAGCAGAGAAGCGAGCCAGAACUGAACUGGAAGAGGUGAAACAACAGAUGAAGAAACUAUCUGAGACAAAGAAGGAGGAGAAGAAGAGAUUAGCAGAUGAGGAUGCAACUAGACGAAUUAAACAGCUCGAAGAAUGCGCUGACAGCUUAAAGAGACAGGUUGCCAAUCAUAAGCAAGAGGAGGAAACCCUCCUCACAGAAAUGGAGGUUACUGGUCAAGCUUUUGAGGACAUGCAGGAACAAAAUGCAAGACUAAUUCAACAACUUCGAGAAAAGGAUGAUGCUAACUUCAAGCUGAUGUCUGAGAGAAUAAAAUCUAACCAGAUCUCGCGGCUGUCGAGGGAGGAGAAGGAGAUGUUGACCCAGCAGGUCGCCACCCUGUCCACACAGGUUGAGGCCCAGAAUCAAGUAGUGCGUAAACUAGAAGAGAAGGAACGUCUUCUACAGAAUAACCUUGCAGCAGUGGAGAAGGAAUUGACUCUAAGGUAGAAAUUAGCUUUAAAGUGACU